UCACUUUGGAGGAUUUCAUUGAAUGAGCCUGUGGUAGACACCGUUGCUCCAAUUUUAGGGCUAAUUUUCCAUUUAGAUUGUUGUUUGUUUGUUAUUAGAGAUGAAGCUCGACAAGCACAGGGGUGUGCCAGCAUCCAACUAUGCUGCUGGUGUGCAGAGCUGGUAAAGGAUCAAAGCAGGUCGCUGGCUGCAGGGCGUAAGUAGCUCUCCAGGGUGCUGAAGUUGUCUCCAGACGCGCCCCGUCUCCCACCUGUCAUUUUCAGCCUGACGUCCAAACGCUAUGACUCGGUUGCGUUCACUCCGCGGCGGCUCCCCGAACCUCCAGGUUUUGAGGAUGGUUAGGUGACACUCCUGGAGCGAAGUUGGAUGAUGGAGCUUUCCAGAUGACGUGAGUCUUUUUUUUCUGUCCUAAGAUUUUGUAUGUCCUUUUUAGACAUCACCGUCCAAACUGAAAUGAUCCUGCAGUGAACCUAAAGGGUCACUAGCAGCAAGGACAAUGCAACAUUUCCCACCCAGUCUGAGAGGGUCACUAUGGGAGUCCAUCCAUUCACGUGUGCCCAUAAUUAAAAGCAGGAAAUCUUUACCGACGACGUCCUUUUAUAACUCGCUAAUAUGGAUACUCUUUGGAGUGUUGACGUUCCCUUGCUGCAUCCACUGUUUGAUAUUCAAAGUGGGGGUCUUGGGACCUUGGAACUGCGACCCCGUGUACUAUAGGUCGUACCCUGCUGCCGCCGCCAGGCUCGCCGUGAGCAGGAUUAACGAAGACCUCACAAUGAAUCUAGGCCUGGAAAUGGACUUCAUCAUCCUGCAGGAGCCUUGUGAAACAUCCAAAGCUCUAACUUCAUUCAUUCAAUACGAGAAUAUUGCAGAUGCGUUUGUGGGCCCUACUAAUCCUGGAUACUGUACCGCAGCAGCACUAAUGGCCAAAAACUGGGACAAGUCCAUCUUCUCGUACGGAUGCGUCAACUUUGAGCUGGACCGCAUCACCGGGUACCCGACGUUUUCCAGGACGGUGCCCUUUCCUUCCGAGGUGCUGUUCACCGUGCUGAAGUACUUCCGUUGGGCCAACAUUGUGGUGGUCUCCUCCAACGAAGACAUCUGGAUGGACACAGCGGCGAGAGUUGCUGCUGCUAUGAGGAAAAAGGGGCUUCCUGUCGCCCUGGUUACAUCUGUGGGAAUAAAUGAGACCCAAGUUGAGAGCACACUGAGGCAGAUCCAAGACGCAGGGGAGAUAAGAGUCGUUGUCAUGUGCAUGCACUCGGUCUUACUUGGAGGAGAGGCCCAGGCUACAUUCCUCCUCAAGGCGCAGCAAAUGGGUCUGACCUCCGGGAAGUAUGUCUUCAUGCCGUACGACACGCUGCACUACAGUUUGCCCUACAGCGCCUCCUACUUCCCCUUGCAAAACAACAGCCAGCUGAGGGAGGCCUAUGAUGCUGUGCUCACCAUCACCAUCGCCUCAGACCCCGUGUCCUUCACUGAGGCGUUCACUGCUGCGAAGAAUAAUAGGGAAUUGACGUUGAACGUUGCCUCGGAGCAGGUUAAUCCGCUAUUCGGGACCAUCUACAACAGCAUCUAUCUCCUGGCGAAGUCCCUCCACAAGGUCAAGAAAGCUGGCAUGCGUCUGUCGGGCUCAAACCUGGCCUACUAUACAAAGAACAUAACCUUCAGUGGCUUCAACCAGAAGGUACAAGUAGACAACACGGGUGAAAUCAAAACCACCUAUGUCAUCUUGGAUACCAACAACAUCGGGAGUCAGCUCUACCUGACCUACGUUGUGGAUCUUAUGGCCGGGCGACUUCGACUUGAUGGGAAGUCCAUCAAUUUUCCUGGAGGAUCUCCACCGCCGUCAGAUUCCAGCUGCUGGUUUGUUAAGAGCGCCCUCUGCACAGGAGGUGUGGAGGUCACCUCCAUUAUAGUGGUGUUUUCUGUCAUCUUCGCUCUGGCUUUAACAGGGCUCGCCAUUGGUCUUUACAUUAGGAGGAGACUCCAACAAAUCCAGCUAGUCAAAGGUCCAAAUCGGAUCCUGCUAACCUUAGAGGAUCUUACGUUCAUCAACCCUCAGCUUAGCAAGCGAAAAAUCACUUUAGAGGACCUGAGUGAGUCUAAAAGUGCUUUGGAGGAGAAAUCAGCAGAGCGCUCACAUUCCGUUCACAGCAUGCAGACAGCGACUCAUGAGACCACCAACGUUGCCGUUUUUGAGGGGGACUGGGUGUGGCUAAAAAAGUUUGAGGAUGGCCACUUCAAGGAGGUGAAGCAGAGCAGUACAAAGAUUUUCACCAAGAUGAAGGACUUGAGAAAUGAGAAUGUCAAUCCCUUCCUGGGCUUCUUCACGGAGUGCUCCAUGUUCGCCGUGGUGACGGAGCAUUGCUCCAGGGGGAGUCUGCAAGACCUGCUGAGGAACGAAGACGUGAAAUUAGACUGGAUGUUCAAGUCCUCACUUGUGCUUGACCUCAUCAAGGGUAUAAAAUACCUCCAUCACAGGGACUUUGCACAUGGCCGACUAAAAUCUCGUAACUGUGUUGUGGACGGGCGCUUCGUGCUCAAAAUUACGGACUAUGGCUUCAAUGAGUUGCUGGACUCUCAGAAAGCUCCUGUACAACAACCUCCACAUGAAGACCUCUUCUGGACCGCGCCGGAGUUCCUUAGGGACCUUGCAAGCUCCCGUAAAGGCACCUACAAAGGAGACGUGUACAGCUUUUCCAUUAUCCUGCAAGAGGUGGUGGUCAGAGGACCACCUUACUGCAUGCUGGGUCUGCCGCCUGAGGAGAUCAUUCGAAAGGUGAAGAAGCCCCCUCCAAUGUGCCGGCCCACUGUGGCCCCAGACCAAGCCCCGCUGGAGUGCAUCCAACUGAUGAAACAGUGCUGGAGCGAACUCCCUGAGCGAAGACCCGACUUUGAUGAGAUCUUUGACAGGUUCAAAAUCAUCAACAAGGGUAAGAAGACCAACAUCAUCGACUCCAUGCUGAGGAUGCUGGAGCAGUACAGCUCCAACUUGGAGGACCUCAUCCGGGAGCGAACAGAAGAGCUGGAGGUGGAGAAACAACGGACAGAAAAGCUGCUCUCUGAGAUGCUGCCACUCUCUGUGGCCGAGGCCUUGAAGACAGGCGCCACAGUAGAGCCGGAGUACUUCGACCAGGUGACCAUCUACUUCAGCGACAUUGUGGGUUUCACGACCAUCUCGUCGCUUAGUGACCCAAUCGAGGUGGUUGACCUCCUCAACGACCUCUACAGUCUGUUUGAUGCUGUUCUCUCCAACCAUGAUGUCUACAAGGUGGAGACCAUCGGUGACGCGUACAUGGUGGCAUCAGGCUUGCCCAAGAAAAACGAAAACAAGCACGCGGCUGAAAUAGCCAACAUGUCUCUGAACAUCCUCAGCUCGGUGGGAACCUUCCGUAUGCGCCACAUGCCGGAUGUUCCUGUCAGGAUACGGAUCGGGAUCCACUCGGGACCCUGCGUUGCUGGCGUGGUGGGCCUGACCAUGCCUCGCUACUGCCUGUUUGGAGACACCGUCAACACUGCCUCGCGAAUGGAAUCCACCGGGCUGCCUUACAGAAUCCACGUGAACUUGAGCACAGUGAAGAUCCUCCGUUCUCUCCAUGAAGGCUAUAAAAUAGACGUCAGGGGCAAGACAGAGCUGAAGGGGAAAGGCAUUGAGGAGACUUACUGGCUGGUGGGCAAGUCGGACUUUGCAAAGCCUUUGCCGAAACCACCAGAGAUCAAACCAGGGGUCAAUUGGCAGGAGAUGGUGACGGAAGAGAUCAAGAGCCUUUUCCGCAAGGCCAACAGGCAAGUGGACAAGCACAAAAUGAGUGGGAAAGGAGGAAAGAUGUGAGAGGGAUAAAGAAGGGGAGCGGCCGUCUCUCUUUCACUCUCUCUCUCACCUCUGUGGCUUAACGCGGACUUCUUUAAGAGGAUUGUCCAUCCACUGGCUAAUCUGCCUGCAGCCAACACAGCAGAACGUAACAGUGCUAAUGUAAUGAGACCGGCCUGGUAGGACCAAUCUUCACUCAUGCACUCAAUCAUGCACUGCUCACUGCACUCACUGGCCACUGAGUGGCCACCCAAAUGAGAACAAUGCACUUGGUGGAUGCCUGUUCCACGACUCUUUGUGUUAGUGCUGUCAUGAAUGCUCACAACAGGGGACGGUUAUUCAAAUAGCUGGCUGCAUAUUGCACAUUAAUAACCCCGAAAGAUGGAGGUACUGUACUUUUGACUCUUUUAUUUCUCUUGUAUGUGUAGCGGAGACAAGCAGGAGGCAGUGAAAAUUGGUCAAGCUUUUAUUGAGCAUUGCUACUGCACGCUCUCUGUGUUGUUGCGUUUUUCUUGUUUCUUGCAUUGGACUAAGAGAGCAGAGUCUACCAAGUCAAUUUUGUUGUGUGUCACAUACUUGGCCAAUAAAGAUGAUUCUGAUUCUGACAACACAGGCAAUUUAAGAUAGGGAGGCAUUGUAAGUUGUAAUAAAUACAUAAAAUCAUGAAUAUUAAAAAAUAUCACGUAUAA